CGCCUGGCACAGCUGUAGACACACACACGCACACACUGGUGCGGAAGCAGAGGAGCGCUGGGUGAUACGGUUGCUAUAAAUCUGUGUGAUCCAGUCCACCUCCCUUUUAAGACGUCCUCCCCCUUUAUUUCUGUUCUCACUUAGAGAUGCAGCAUUUUACUUCUGUAGCGAGCUACUAAAAAGAAACAAGGAGACAGAGAGAAAGAGACCGUCUUUGUAACGCGUCCUUUCAUCCCUUCUUUUCUUUGUUCCUUCCUUUAUUUCUCUCCCCUCCCCCCUUUUUUGUUGAGUUGUGUUGCAAUAGGAGGCUAGCCUUGUCACAUUCCUUGUUUUAAGUUUUCCUUUCCCUUUUAAUUUUCCUGAUUUUUUUUUAAGUGUUGGACUAUUGGGAGGGAAAGCAUUUUCAUUUGAUUUGCUUCUGUUUAAAACUGUCCACAGUUUAGAUUUUGUGUGUUGUCUUGCGAACUAUCCAUCUGCUUCUUACUCCUUUGUAUUGGGAGAACUUCAACGUUACUUUUUUUUUAAGCUGAAGAGAGAAAGCAUUAAAUUUCACAUGCACCAGUCCAGUUUCAAGGCAGAGCAAGAUCUGGGGAUUUACUUGCUUUUUUAGAUCUACCAUUCCUCUCCAAUCUUGAAUCAGCAAACAUAACUAGUUAAAGGUUGAUGUCCCUCUAGCCAGCAUAUUCUGCAGACGGCAACUCCAAACUAACAUGGCAGUCAGACUGUGUGAUGUGGCUUCUCUGCUUAGAAGUGGUUCGUGGGCAGCAGAGCCUUGGACUGGGGUCUGUGGGAUUUUUCUUAAAUUCUCAGGUAAUUGCUGCCAUGGAAACACAACUGUCUAAUGGACCAACUUGCAAUAACACAGCCAAUGGUCCAACCACCAUAAACAACAACUGCUCAUCGCCAGUUGACUCUGGGAACACAGAGGACAGCAAGACCAAUUUAAUAGUCAACUACCUUCCUCAAAACAUGACACAAGAAGAGCUGAAGAGUCUGUUUGGAAGCAUUGGGGAGAUAGAGUCCUGCAAGCUUGUAAGAGACAAAAUAACAGGACAGAGCUUGGGUUAUGGCUUUGUGAACUACAUUGACCCCAAGGAUGCUGAAAAGGCUAUCAACACGCUGAAUGGAUUAAGACUUCAAACCAAAACAAUAAAAGUUUCCUAUGCGCGACCAAGUUCAGCUUCUAUCAGAGAUGCAAAUUUGUACGUCAGUGGACUUCCAAAAACAAUGACCCAGAAGGAACUGGAGCAGCUCUUUUCUCAAUAUGGACGCAUUAUUACUUCUCGUAUUCUAGUUGACCAAGUCACUGGGGUAUCAAGAGGUGUAGGAUUCAUCCGAUUUGACAAGCGGAUUGAGGCAGAAGAAGCUAUCAAAGGUUUGAAUGGGCAGAAGCCUCCAGGUGCCACAGAGCCAAUCACCGUCAAGUUUGCUAACAAUCCAAGCCAAAAAACCAAUCAGGCCAUCCUUUCCCAGCUGUAUCAGUCUCCAAACAGAAGGUAUCCAGGACCUCUAGCUCAGCAGGCUCAACGCUUUAGGUUGGACAAUCUGCUCAAUAUGGCUUAUGGAGUAAAGAGUAGGUUUUCACCAAUGACCAUUGAUGGAAUGACCAGUUUGGCCGGAAUUAAUAUCCCUGGACAUGCAGGAACGGGAUGGUGCAUUUUUGUGUACAAUUUGGCACCUGAUGCAGAUGAGAGCAUUUUGUGGCAAAUGUUUGGACCCUUCGGAGCAGUAACCAAUGUGAAGGUCAUCCGUGACUUUAACACAAACAAGUGCAAAGGUUUUGGAUUUGUGACUAUGACAAACUAUGAUGAGGCAGCUAUGGCAAUAGCCAGCCUGAAUGGAUACCGUCUUGGGGACAGAGUCUUGCAGGUCUCCUUUAAAACAAACAAAACGCACAAAGCCUAAUGAGUUAUCCUCAAUCCAUUUAUAUAUGAAAACUAUACAACAAAGGCAAGUUAAGAGAAACUUUAUACAUUAGUCAAUGUCUUUGUAAGUCAGUGUUGAAAUGGGGAUAAAAUGACUACUUAGCAUCCUAAGAAUAUGUGAGAUUUUUUUAUUGCUAGUAUUUGAAUUAAAACUUCUUAAAUAUCUUUUAUGUUUGAAUAUGGACAAGAGGUACAGGGUUUUUACCUGUCACAAUGCAUUCUAUUGCCUUCUUUGAAGAAGGUGGACCUUUUAAAAUGUUUCAGCUAAGGGAAGAAGUUUCUUUUCUUUUUACAUAACUGCCUUGAACCUGUGAGUUAAUAUUGAGGCUUUGUGUUGUAAUCCCUAACUUGGUUGUUUUAUGUUGUGUUUUCCUGAUUAGCUUUGUGUUUAAUUUACAUUUAAUGCAUUGCUGUUUUGUCUGUUCAAGAAAAGUAUUUUGAAGUUUACAUUUUAUUUAUAAAGUUAUAAACAGUAUUUAUUUUGUAAUUAUGAUUUGGGUUGGGGAUGGGGGGUACAUUAUAAUAAAAGCUUAUUGUAAGAAUACUGGAGAACUUUUCGUAAAGCAGUACCUUGCCAAAGAGAUAAGAGCCUCUUUGAUGUGGGUUUAAAAAAAGCAUCUAUUUUUAUAAAAAAGAAAAAUUUGGAGAAACUUUUUACUGGUCCUGGAACAAAUAUUUUGACUUGAAUACUUUGAGAAAUCUCUUCAUAUGACACCUAGUGAGCUUUUAAAACUUACCAGGAAAUUUGCAAUGGUUGGGGGAAAAUUUAGAAAGAUUUAUGAUGUAGAAAUACUUUUGAGACCUUUGUAUUAAGAAGUAGAAUCAAUGGGAAACACUGUUGGUUUCAUUUUUGUAAUCAUCAGUGAAAUCUCUGAUCAUCCUGGUUAUUAUGUGAUAGGUGGCUCACAUUAAUUUGUGAUUUUGAAACAAAUGAAAAUUAAAAAAAAAUAUAUGAGCAGGCAAGAAAUUUAAAUUACCAAGAGAUGGGGGAAAAAAAAAUCUGUUCUUCCUAAAGAAUUCCCUUCAGAUAGAGCUCAUGGUGUUUAGUGAUGUACUUGCAGUAUUGUUUGAAGAAUUGUUUUGUCUUAAGAAAAGACGUUGCACAUGGUUUGCACUUCAGCAAAUCAGCAAAAGCAGUCUGAGUUGGAUAUAAUUGAAAGUAUUUUGAAAGUUACGUUCAAGGCUAACACCUGAGCUUUGUGUAAUGUAAAUAAGACCUUGCGUUUAUGAACCUUUCAGCUAAUUUUGGUUUUGGUUUAUUUUUGACUUACAUUGCCAAGUGAUGUUCAGAUUUUGAAUGUUUUCGUAUGAGUUUUUUCCUUUGUAAAUGGCAUUAACAUUGUUACUUGAGGUCUGCUUAUUCAUUUUCAUUGUCCUGAGGACUUGAAUUUACAGUGCAUCAGAUUUGUUGCUAAUUUUGUCUGUAGAUAGUCUAGCUUCAGCUGUUUAUGGUGAUGCUACAUUUUUGUUUAUAAAUAUGUUUGUGGUAAAAAUGAGUAUAACCAUAGGAUUUGAACAAAUUUCCUUACAUUUUUCAUACAAAAAUCAUAAAUACCUGUAUACUAUUAAAUUUAACUUUGUAUGAUGCUUAAAUCACUAUUUGGGGAAAUAAAAGUCUUUACCAUGUAUUGAAGAAAUUUAAGAAAAAAUACAAAAUAUUUUCUGAUUAGCAUCUAGCUUAUAAUAAAUUUUUUAAAAAGCUGAGGGCUAUAAUGCCUUCACCAGGAUGCACUGACAACUAUAUAGUUACGUCCUGCUUUUUGUAUAAACUGAGAUGCUCAUAUGCUUCCCCUUAGAACAAGCAAUGUGCUAUGCAUAACAUAGUUGUACAUUAUCUUUGCAGUUGCUUUUGGUUCUUCUUCUUUUAGACUGUAGUUAUAAAUUUUUCAGUAUAGUACAGUACAUAUACUGUGAAGCGCGUGCUAAAGUGAAUAAGCGAGUUUUCAUGCUGACCCACUCAAUGCUAUUCAAAACUCAAUUGACUUCCUGAGCACUCUCUCAUUCUUAGGUGCACUUAGAUCGUUGAAGCUAAUCCUCUGCAUUAAAAGUUGUAUAUACUUUAGAAAAUAAAAACUUUCCAAUAUGGGGAAAACAGUAGCUACAUGCUUCUUUCCUAUACUACUGUAGCAAACAAAGGCAUUGAUGAGAAGGCAUGUAAAUUGGGCUUCACUUUACAGUGUUUAUCAGAGCACUUAAUAAAAUGUAAGGCUGGUAUUUAUUUGAAGUUGUACAGUAUUACUUCACAUCUGUUGGAAUAGAAAAUAUAUUCUGUUUAGUAUUUAAGAGGCUGUACAUGUUUUCUUUUGUGUUUGGAUCCUUUGUACUUUUUCAUGUUCAGUACAUCAAUAAACAAAGUUGAAGGGAA